UUCAUUUCUCACAAAGCAUUUCGAGAAACUGCAGCUCAAUUCUCCAGAUCUCUCUCUCUCUCCAUCAAUUCUUAGUUCUCUCUACAGAAAUCAGGCAAGCAAUGGUUGUGGCUCAGAAAGUGAAGGAAUCAGAAAUUACGGAGCAGGACUCACUCCUCCUAACAAGGAACCUGCUGCGCAUUGCUUUAUUCAACAUUACUUACGUCAGAGGCCUUUUUCCUGAGAAUUAUUUUAGUGAUAAAUCUGUUCCAGCUUUAGAGAUGAAAAUUAAGAAGCUCAUGCCCAUGGAUGCUGAAUCACGUCGACUGAUUGAUUGGAUGGAAAAAGGUGUUUAUGAUGCAUUGCAGAAGAAGUAUCUUAAAACACUCUUGUUCUGUGUGUGCGAAACAAUUGAUGGACCAAUGAUCGAGGAAUAUGCAUUUUCUUUUUGUUACUCAAACUCUGACAGCCAAGAAGUGUCAAUGAAUAUCAAUCGCAUUGGAACGAAGAAAGGAGGAACAUUCAAGUGUAACUCAACCACUGAAAUAACACCCAAUCAGAUGAGGAGUUCUGCUUGUAAAAUGGUCCGUACAUUGAUUCAGCUGAUGAGAACUUUGGAUAAGAUGCCAGAAGAGCGAACUAUACUGAUGAAGCUCCUUUAUUAUGACGAUGUUACUCCUGCUGAUUAUGAGCCUCCUUUCUUUAAAAGCUGCACUGAAGAGGAGGCUGUUAAUCCAUGGGCUAAAAGUCCUUUGAAAAUGGAGGUUGGCGAUGUCAACAGCAAGCACUUUGUAUUAGCUCUGAAGGUUAAGAGCGUGCUUGAUCCCUGUGAGGAUGAGAAUGACGAUGAUCAAGAUAAUAGUGUGAGCUUGGGAGCUGAUUCAUUUCCGGGAGAUGACAAUGAAUCUGAUAGUGAGUUCAGUCACUCUGAUGAUGACCAAUACAUAGUUGCGCCAAUUGAGAACCAAGAUGCUCAGGAUAAUGGUAAUAUGGCCGAUGAAGAUGAUACUCAGGAUCCAGCAGAAGAUGAACAACAAAUUGGUAGGUUAAAGGACUGGAUCAACUCAUACCACCUUGACAGAGUUGAAGUGACUGAUGUUCUCUCUCAUUUCCCAGACAUCUCAGUGGUCUUGGUUGAAGAAAUUGUUGAAAAGCUUGUUAAGGAAGGCAUACUUUCAAGUGUCGGCACAGACUGUUACAUCAUUAACAAGAAAACGAAAUUCAACUAUGAGUUCGACAUUGUGAAAGAAGAAAUUGACGGCCAACAAUACCCCAAAAGCAGCCAAUUGCAGCAUGGCAAGGAUGAAGAUUACAUGUACAUGAAGGCUUUGUAUCAUGCUCUUCCGAUGAACUAUGUAACCAUUAGCAAUCUGCGAAGCAAACUAGGAGGAGAGGCAAAUCAAACUACUGUGAAGAAGCUAAUAGAUAAAAUGACACAAGAUGGCUUUGUUGAGGCUAGGAGCAAUCGCAGGCUAGGCAAGCGUGUGAUCCACUCUGACUUGACUGAGAAAAAGCUGGUUGAGGUUAAGAAGGUCUUAGAGAAAGAUGCCAUGGAUGUGGACAUGAACAAAUCAGAAAACAAUCCUACAGAUUUAUCCACUUGCGGUGCUCUCCACUCUAUUGGAUCAGAUCUCACUCGCACAAGAGGCAAAUCGGAUGCAUUCCAGAAUGGCUCUGCCUUGAGCGAUCAGACUGUCUCAAAGAGAAGGGACCAUGAAAACACACCAUCAAGCAGAGCUGAGCCCAUAGCUUCUACUGAGAGUUUUGUACCUGGAAAUGAGAAUGGAAAAUCAUAUGAAAGGACCAACAAAUAUAAUGAGUUUGAGACAGUUAUCUGUAGCAGAUCGAGUCAGGAUAAGCGUAGAAGGAAAGCAAGCAUGGUGGAAGAGCCUAUUCUUCAGUAUGUGAGGCGCCAAAAAUCUCAAAUUGCAUGAAAUGAACAUCUGGAUGCUCAAUUAGUGACAUUUCUUGGUAGUUUCCUUGGUGAAAGUCUUCUCGUAAUCCGAGCAGUUAUGUGUUGGUUAUCGUUUGUUAGCUAGCAAAUGUACCAAUGCACAUGACACAAUAGUCAACAAAAACUAAUAUUUCGCUAAUAGAAACUGAAAUAUAUGUUAUGCACCCAAUUUAAGUUUGCAUGACAGCAUGAGUGCGAGAGAUGGCAUUUCGCUAAUAGAAACUGAAAUAUAUGUUAUGCACCCAAUUUAAGUUUGCAUGACAGCAUGAGUGCGAGAGAUGGCAGAAAGCGAGGGAGAUUCUGUUUGCAUCCAAUGACUUAAAGUAGAUUAUUUUAAUCUGCGAAAGAUGUGAAGAAGAUUAAUUGUCAGCCAA